CACCUAUUUAGAGGAGAAAUCAACUGAUCAGAGCCUAACUCAACACUGUUAGUGCCUCGGGAAUCACAAGCUGGUAGUUCCAGAAGAAAGAUAUACUGAAUUUAGCGUUGGAUGGAAUACAACAUUACCUGUUCAUGUUAGUGCCACUCUGUCGCCGCCAAAUCAGGCAGGUUACAUCCGUGUAUGUGUACACACAUGCAAAGACAGACACUGAGUUUUGAACUAAUGUCUGAACGUCCCAAGUGUUGCAUCUGUCUGGAUGAGUUCACCAACCCCGCUACCCUCCCCUGUGAACACUGCUUCUGCCUGGGCUGUAUUGGAGAAUACUGGAGGAUCCACGGGGCCUGUCAGUGCCCCCUCUGCAAGGCCUUCUUCCCCACCAGGCCACAGCUCAAAACGGGCCAAACAAUACAGACUGAUGAUGCAACUGGGCCUUUAAAAGCUGGAGAGGUUCCCUGUGACCUCUGCCCAACAAAGCGUCGGGCAGUCAAGUCCUGCCUGGUCUGCCUGGCCUCAUACUGUGACACUCAUCUGGAACCGCAUUACCAGAGUGAAGAUCUUGGGCGCCAUCUCCUGAUCAGUGUGGUGAAGAACCUGGAGGACUCCGUGUGUAGAGUGCAUGGGAAGCAAUUAGACAAGUUCUGCAGGAGUGACCGAACAUGCAUUUGUGCUAUGUGUGCCAAGACAGAACAUAGAGGCCAUCACAUUAUUCCUAUUAAGAAAGAAGCUGAAAAGAAGAGGGUUAAACUAAAAUGGAGAAGGAUGAAACUUCAGCAAGCAAUUCAAGAGAGACUGAGUAAAGUGGAGAAAAUCAAGCUCUCUGUAGACCGCAGUGGAGAAAAUCCAAAAGAGGCAUUUGCACAAAAUAAAGAGCUGAUCAGACAGCUGGAAGAAGAAAUCUCUGAGCUGCAGAGCGAAAACGUUGAGCUGGAGCUGCUUUCACAGACUGAAGACAACCUCCGCUUCCUACAGAGAUUUCCAUACGCUGCAACAUCUUAAUGAUUGGACGAACAUGUUGACGACUCACCUUCAAGAGCUCUGGAACAAAGUUUAUUUUGCAUUUUUCUUUUCUAAAACGGUUUUUAAAAAAUCCAUAGCCGCAUACCUUGUUGAAUGGUGUGUUUGCUUUAAAGGACUAGUUUGACAUUUUGUAAAAUACUAAUUCAUUUUCUGGCGGAGAAUUAGAUUAGACAGUCGACGACACUUGCACGUCUGUCCAGUAAAUAUAAGGCUACAGCCAGCAGCCGUUUAGCUCAGUAAACUGUCACAACAUCUACCUAAUAGCACCUCUAAAGUUCAGUAAUUAACACCUCAUAUUUUGUUUGUUUAAUUUGUACAAGAACCAAAAAAGUUUACAAAAGGGUAAAAAUGACAAUUUGCCAUUUAAUGCGGGGGUUAUAUGUUGGGCUAUUUCUGGUCUUGGAGCAGUUGCCAGACGACCAAGCAGAUAUUCCAGGAAGUUACCUGUCAGCGCUAAAACUGUGAAUUCACAUUUUAACAUAUCGG